AUGGGAGAAGAAGUUUUCUGUGUAGAGGAUAUGAAUAUGAUCUCCUCCUCUUCGGGAAUUUCACAGUGUAGAAUCUGCCAUGAAGAAGAAGUUGAGAGCUCCAAGAGCUUGGAAGUUCCCUGUGCUUGUUCUGGAACGGUGAAGUUUGCACACAGAGAUUGCAUACAGAGGUGGUGCAAUGAGAAGGGCAAUACCACCUGUGAAAUAUGUCUACAGAAAUUUGAACCUGGGUACACAGCACCACCAAAGAAGCCUCAACAAGCCGAUGUAGCUGUUACUAUCAGGGGAAGCUUGGAGGUUCCAAGACAGGAGCGGCAGCUACACGAUCAUAGCCCGGGAUUAAUAGCAAUAGUCGCUCCCGAAACCGACUACACCGAGUGUUCGGUCGCCGCCGACAGAAGCGCCUCCUGUUGUCGAUCAGUGGCUCUCACUUUUACAAUACUUUUGCUUGCGAGGCACUUCUUAUCAGUGCUUAUGGGUGGAACGGACCAUUAUGUGUUCACAAUUCUUACAGUUUGUAUUCUAAGGGCUGGUGGAGUCGUUCUCCCGCUUUAUAUCUUGAUACGAAUUGUUGCAGCAAUACAGAACAACCUGCAACAGCAGCAGCACAACUAUGUCCGUCCCGUAAAUUCUUAUCUUGAAUAAUUUCAGAUCAGAAUUUUUUACACACUUCCGUCCAUUGUGAUGCAAAUUUUGCCACCAUGAGUACGCUCAGCCAGCACUAAAGCCAAGAAAAACAUUUUUUUUUUCAUAAUGUCCAAUGUCAAAGGCUCCUUUGAAUUUGAAUUUGUCAUUUCGUUCCUCCAAACUCCAGCUUAGGGGAUGUAAUUUGGGCAAACUUGUUUUGAGAUGAGGAUAUGUCAAUUGGAAUGGGCCCAAACUUGGGCCCAGAAAUCUACGUAAAUUAGUCAAAUUGGGUACCUGACUUUGCCCAGCCCAAAUCUGUGUACAUUCUUCAAAUUGGGUACCUGAUUUACACCAGAAAGUCUUGCCUCAGCUGUUUAGGAUAUAAAAAUUUUGAACCAGGAAAUUAGUUGAUUAAUUGAAACUAAAGCCAGUUUAUUUUCUAUUGUU